CUGAUUGGAAGGUAGUCCAAGAAGGUCUGCCUUCUGAGGUUGCCAGGCAACACAUGUAAACAGUACAGGAUCAUGGCCACCAACUACAGUGCCAAUCAGUAUGAAAAAGCUUUCUCACCUAAGAUUCUGCAGAACUGGUCUCCUGCCAAACCAACAAAAGAGAAAAUCUCUUCCCAUGAAGGCUACACCCAGAUUAUCGCCAAUGAUCGUGGUCAUCUGUUGCCUUCAGUGCCCCGUUCCAAGGUAAGUCCCUGGGGUACUUUCAUGGGCACCUGGCAAAUGCCUCAGAAGAUACCCCCUGCUCGAGUGACUUUGACUUCCCGAACAACUGCUGGUGCUGCCUCCCUCACUGAAUGGAUACAGAAAAAUCCUGAUUUACUCAAGGCCUGUAAUGGGUUGCGUCCUGAAAUCUUAGGCAAGCCCAAUGAUCCAGAGAGUCAGAAGAAACUCAGGAAGAAGUCUAUCACAAAGACUGUACAACAAGUACCAAGUCCAACCAUAAUUCCAAACUUUAUAGCUACCAAUCCUAAUCCCCCAGAUCAACCCCAUAGCCCACAUCCCUCUGCAGGUCAUACUCCAGGUCCCCAAAGCCCAGUUAACUCUCCAGGUCCCCAAAGCCCAGUUAACUCUCUUAAUAGUCCACCUAGAAGUGCAGGUGUGCUGGAACACUGAGAGAUAGCUGAGAUACAGAAAUAUACUUAGAUUGAGUAAAGUAACCAAAAACACCUAAUCCAAAAUGUGGAACAGAGAAAUUUAAGACCGGAGUAAAGGCAAAUUUAAAUAAUAAAUAUUGUUUGUUGAAUCUUUUA